AUGGCGGACUGGAUAGCUCAAUAUGCCGAAGCAUUAGACGUUCGUGAUAGCCGUGAGAAGGCUCACAAACAAUACAUUGACGCAUACACUGAACUCGCCGACCUCACUGCCGCGGAACGAGCAAAUUCUUGGGCUUUGCGCAAGGCACCGUUAUCAAGCACAUCUGCAAAGACGGAUCCAGCUUAUGGGAAAGCAACAGACGCAUCAGGCACGACAGCGGCAGCUCUCAGUACAGUGAGAGCGGACUUGGGCGCCACACAGAAAGCUCGGGUUGCGCUUCAAAAUGAAGUGAUUUCACUCACAUCCUCACUGGCUAACUCGCAAAAGACAAAUGAUGCGAGAGCUUCACAAAUUACAGCGCUUUCGAAACAGAAAGCCGAUAUGGAGAGAAAGCUGCGCGAUCGCGAUGAAGAACUGCGGGGCAAGUCUAGACUGGUGGAACAAACCCAGGAUGAGAUGGUGAGUCUCAGCCUGCAAGUCAACAUGGCUGAACAGCGGAGCGAGCGACUAGAGAAGGAGAACAAAGACUUGAUCGCCCGCUGGAUGAAGCGCAUGGGCGAGGAAGCCGAGAAGGUGAACGCUGGCAGUGGGUGGCAGUAA